AGAGAACAUUAUGGAUCAACACCAGUACUUUCAAAACCUGAUUUGAAAGAGAUCUACCCUCGUUUAGAUAGCCUUAAUUAUAGUCUCGAUAGAAGAAGUAAGACACGAACAAUGUGUCAGACUUCUCCCGAUUCGAUAAUGAGUUCGUUUAAUUCAAUACCACAAAAAUUAAUUAACUGUGAUAGUAUGGAUAGCGUUAGGAAAUCGCCUGUUUCAACUAUAGGAAGCACAGUCGCAUCAAUGCCACAUUGCGAAAGUUUCUUAGAUUUGACACCUUCUCCUUCUGAUUCUGGAAUAUCGGAGUUAGAAGCAGCGUUAAGGGAUCGAGAUUCGGAACUGGCUUACUUAAGACAGACAAUGGAACAUAACGAACAAGUUAUCUUUAGGGUUUACCAAGAAAAAGAAAAAAUUUGGGAAAGAGAACUGAGAAAGUUAAAAAACGUUCAGGAGACGAGACUUCGCGCAAGCGCUCAAAAAGUAAUGAAAUUGGAGCAAACGCUUAUGAUGCAGUCUUAUCAACUGCAACAAGAUAAGAAAAAGUUUAACGAAGAAAUUCAAAAAGUUAAUUGUGAAAAUAAUAAGUUAAGAAAAGAAAUGGCGCUAUUAAGGGAAAGACUGGAUGAAACAGAAUGGAAUUUAUGUCAGAAAACAGGAGAACUGUCGCUUCUGAAGAGUCAGUUAAAAGAUUACCAGAACGAACAAACUUGCAAAGGUCAGGAAAUUAUACAAUUGAAAGCUGAAUGCAGAGAUACUCAAAACGAACUAAUAUUCUAUAAAUCGGAAAAUCAGCAACUGAAAAUGCUUUUGGCGGCAAAAGAUACAGAAAUAGAAAAGCAUAAAAAGGAAAACGAGUUAACUAGAAAUAAAACCGAUAAAACCAAUAGAAGAAGCAGUUCUACAACAUCCGUUAGCAAUGAUUCGAGACUAAAUGAAAAUUUUAAGGAAAGAAAAGAAAAACCGCCUGAUAUAACGGUUCUUUCCUGCGAUGAUGGCCAGUUAGUGAACGCGAAGUGGCAUUAUAUUUUCGACGAUGAUUGUGAUGAGGGUUCUGCCACGCCGACAACGUUUCAUCUCAAUCGGUAUUGCAGUUGUGCCGAAAUCAAUAAACUCAUGGAACAAAUAAGUUUAAAGGAAAAACAUUUCGAAAAAGAAAGACUCACGUGGGCUCAUGAGAAGGAGAAAGUGUUAAGGUAUCAGAGACAAUUGCAAAUGGAUUAUAUUCAGAUGUUUAAAAGGACUAAAAAUUUAGAAAACGAAGUUGAAAAUUUAACAAUCGAAGUGGAACUACAAAAAAAUAAUAGUAGGAAAUAUCCCUUAGUUGAUUCUAAAAAGCAGACCAUAAACUUAUGAAAUUAAGUUUUACUUAUUUAUUAGUUCCUUUUAUAUUGUGGUAGCUUUCUUAACAUAUUUCUAAGAAGACUAGAGAUGGGAACAUGCGCGAAUCGUAGUAGAAAAAACAAACCUUUUACGUGUGACAACUACCGGUACCGAAAUCGAUGCGCAGUUGCUUAUCGCGCAGCGACCUUUGUAUUUCUUCAUGCACGACGCGUUUCUGACCUAUUUACUUCAGUUUAAAUUUAUGCUUCUCUCUCUAGUCUUUUUUGAAAUUUUAUAGGAUAAUAGGUUAAGGUUUCCACAAAAGGUGUUUAUAGGUAAUUUUGAAGAAAUCAUUUGCGAAGUAUGAGGUUCAUUAAUGAUUCUAAAAGAAGAAGCUAGAAGUGCGGAAAAUUAUGGGGAACUGAGUAAGUAUCGCUAAUGAUCCAAUUAACAAACUUUUCAAGGUAUCUGUCUCAAAAUAGUAACAGAUGCAACUUCUCGGUGGAUUAGUAAUUUCAUAUAGAAACUAAGAGUCCUUAGAGUCCGAUUAAAAGAAAAACUCAUUGUUUAACACACUGUAGACUCUCGAUUAUCUGAAACGCACGGAACUAUUUGAGUAUUGGUUAUCGAAAUUUUGGUUAAAAUGGAGUUUCCUUUAAUCUAAACAAUUACUUCUGUCUCGGUGGCCUCUUUUCCGCUUUUAGUGUAACUGAGCACUCGUUUGUUCAAUAAUGAUCAUCUUUUGACGGCUUUCAGCUUCUAAGUAAAGUCUUAAUUAACUUUUGUUGCCGGUUCGUUUAAAUCGACACGUUUUCUAGGAUAUUAAUUCUUGGUCAGUUACUUCUGGAACCACUAACUUUUUCUAAUAUUUUAGUAUGGCAGUGUUCCUAAUAUUGCUCUGCUCGGUUAUAUGUACAACGUCUUUGAGAUUGACUUUUUCCAAUAAGACUUUCAACAAAGGCUAAGCAUCAUCUUCUCCAGUAGGAUCUUCAUUAACAUUUGUUGCUGGUUCAUGUAAAUCGAGACCAGUUUUCUUUGAAUUAAUUCUUGGUCAGUUAUUUCUGGAAGCUCUAACUUCCAAGAUUUUAAUAUAGCAGUGUUCCUAAUAUUGUUUUGGACAUUGGUUGUAUACACAACGUUUCUGACAUUGACUGGUUUUAGACGUAUUCCAGUCAGACUUUCAAAAAAGACCCAGCAUCAACAUCUUCUCCAGUAACGUCUUCAUUAACUUUUGUUGUUGAUUCAUAUAAAUCGAGACCGGUUCUCUCGGAAUUAAUUCUUGGUCAGUUACUUCAGGAACAUCUAACUUCCGAGAUUUUAAUGUGAUAGUGUUCCUAAUAUUGUUCUAGACAUCCGUUAUCUACACAACGUUUUUGAGAUUGAUUGCUUUUAAACUUUUUUCAAUAAGAUCUUCAACAAUGACUAAGCAUCAAUACCUUCUGCAGUAAGGUCUUUAUUAACUUUUGUUGCUAGUUCAUUUAGAACAACAACAGUACUAGUACUAAUUCUAAGAUUUAGAAAAUACCACAAAUGGCGCGGUAAACACCAUCUGUAGUACGAUGCUACAUUUUAGGAGUACGUAU